AACAGAGUGACUUUGUCUCAGCAAGCAGCAUGAGACCUGCAGACCUGGAGAAUCAUCAGAGGAAGAGAGCAGCUUUUGCCUGGCCGAGUCUCAAGUCUUAUUUCCUUCAUCUUAAUGCUGGGAAUAAUGAGAUCCCUCCUGUACCUGUUCUUCCUGAUGAUGAUCAAGUCCUUGAGGAGCUUUAAUAUUGACACUGGCAAGAAGUGGAUCACGCCACAUACAGCCUCUCUGCUGUGGCCCACGGUUCUUCAGCACUCGGAUGGGAACACGACUGUGAUUUUGGCUACUUCCUCAGUAGACAAGGGGCUGGGCAGGCUGAGUAAGUGCACUGUUUUGCAGGAAGAGAUCCAGUGCCAGGAAAUACCUUUGAGAGGAAACAUUAAAGGCUCCAAAAACAUCCAGGAUGGUGGCAUAGCUAUUGACAGGAAUGCAGACUGGAUCCUGGCUUGCCUGCAGAAGAAGCACCGCCGGGCCUUCACCACCACAGAGGAUAUGAACGGAGUCUGUACUCUGCUUACUCCUGACUUGCGCAGCACAACUUUCCUCAACCUCACCAAGAUAGUUGAGACCAAAUUAAACAGCAGUCAAAGUAAAAACAGCAAAACCAAGAUUGCUGACAUCGACAACACAAACAGCAUCAGCAGUGCCUGUGGUGAGCUCUUUGGCCCUGCAGGGAGCAGCCACAUGUGCAAAGAACUGGGAACAGAGAUUGCUGUCAUUCUGGAUGGAUCAGAGAGCACCAAACGAGAUGAUUUCCAAAAUGCCAAGAAUGCUGUCCUUAAUAUGAUGAAGUCAAUGUGGCAGAAAUGCCCAAAGAUAAGGUUUGCUGUGAUACAGUAUGGAGCAGAGAUCCAAACCAGACUGAGCCUGCAAGAAAGCUGCCACAGAUCAGCUGCUCUCUUCAAGGUCCAAAACAUGAAGCAGCAGGGCUCCCAGACUGACAUUGCAGCCACACUGCAGCAUGUGCUGGACAAAGUCUUCAAUGAAAGCCAUGGUUCCAGCCAGACUGAUGACAAGAUAAUCAUCAUCCUGGCAUCUGGGCAGAUGUUUCUGGAUAAUCACCAAUUGAGAAAUGUGAUGAACUCCCUGGAAACAGCUAAGAUCAAACUCUAUGCUCCUGUGAUUGGAGAGUUUAUUAGCAACCAGUGGGCCCCAGAAGAGUUGCAAAAAGUUAGAAGUGACUGGUUUGUGCUGUCCACGUAUGAAGAUUUUCACAGUUUCCUUUUAGAGCUGGAGAGAAAUACUUUGAACGCUUCAGCUGAAAAUGUUCCAACUGAAUCACCAGAGCAUGGAAACAUUAAUGACGAUGAUGGCAAGCUCCCUUCCUGGAUGGACGACGACAAAGAGGAGGAGGAAAAUGACUUGCGCUCUGGAACAGAGAUUGUUUUUAUUUUGGACGGAUCGGGAAGCAUUGAGCAAGAAGACUUUGAAAAAGCAAAGGCUUUCAUCUACAAGAUGAUGAAAACACUGUAUGAGAAGUGCUUUGAGUGCGAUUUUGCAGUGGUGCAGUACGGGUUUGAAAUCAGAACCGAGUUUGACCUGCGAGAAAACUGGAAUCCAAAUGCCACCCUCCAGAAAGUUCUUGAUAUUGAGCAGGUGUGCAAUGUGACCAAAACAGCAUCUGCCAUGCAGCAUGCUCUGGAUUCUAUCUUCACUGAAAGUCACGGGUCCCAGAAGAAUGCAGCCAAGGUCAUGAUUGUGCUUACAGACGGGGAAAUACUCCUGGAUGAAAUGAACUUGACAACAGUGAUAAAUUCACCCAAAAUGGCAGGAAUUGAGCGCUAUGCCAUUGGGGUGGGAGAUGCUUUCAAGAAACCAAAGGCCCUAAAUGAAUUGCGGCUGAUUGCCUCUGGUCCAGAUGAUACUAAUGUAUUUCAGGUGACCAACUAUUCAGCAUUAGAUGGGCUGCUUUCAACACUGCAACAGAGUAUUAUUGGUAUAGAAGGUACUCAAGGUGAUGCUCUACAAUAUGAGCUUGCACAAGCUGGUUUCAGUGUGCAGAUCUUGGAUAAGGCAAUCUUAAUGCUUGGUGCUGUGGGGGCCUUUGACUGGUCUGGUGGAAUUCUGCUCUAUGAACUGGCAACCAAGACAGCUGUUUUCCUGAAUGAGUCUAAAGAGGAAGGAAAAAAAGCAAAAUACACUUACCUAGGAUACAGCGUGGCAGUGGUAAGCACAGGAUACGGAGCCUUGUAUGUGGCUGGAGCUCCACGACACAGCAUGACAGGGAAGGUGUUGGUGUUUCAGGACAGUCGCUUAAAGCAGACUCUGCAAGGAGAACAGGUUGGAUCUUAUUUUGGCUCUGAGCUCUGCCCGCUUGAUGUGAACCGUGAUGGGGUGACAGAUCUUCUCCUCGUUGGAGCUCCAUUUUAUCACAUCCGAGGGGAAGAAGGAAGGGUUUACGUCUAUCGCCUGGAGACAGAGACUGGUUCAUUCACCUUGGAAGGACACUUAAAUGUGCAAGUGACCUCUCCUUUUGCAAGGUUUGGGUUUACUGUGGCCAGCAUUGGAGACAUCAACAGGGAUGGAUAUGAGGAUAUUGCAGUUGGAGCCCCCCUUGAAGAUCAGCUUUCAAACAGUUCCUCCUUUGGCAGUAUUUACAUCUUUAAUGGUGAUAAAGACGGGAUCAAGAGCUCUUUUUCCCAAAGAGUAAAAGCCUCUGAAAUUUCUCCAGAACUCCAAUAUUUUGGACAAUCCAUUGAUGGUGGCUUUGAUUUCACUGAAGAUGGUCUCCAAGAUAUUACAGUAGGAUCACUGAAGAAUGUGGUUUUGCUCCGCUCCAGACCAGUUGUCCAGUUUCUCACCAGCAUGAGAUUCACCCCUGAGAGAAUAUUAAUUUUCACUAAUAACAGCAUCAUUACUGCAAAACUGUGCUUCGAUAUAAUCUUGGCGUCACCAGCAUCCAAACAAGUGUUUUCACAGUUAUACCUUCUCUACACGGUGGACUUGGAUGUGAAAAUGCCAAAGAAAAGAGUGCAGUUUGAAGAUCAGAACACCACAAGAAGUGGACAGCUGCUGGUCAGCAAGGACAUGUGCUUAGAGCUGCAGCUCUAUGCCCUGCCAUGUGACUUCAACUGCUUUUCCAGUGUUAUUCUCAGAGUUAAACACAAGCUCUUUAAUAAAAACACUAAGAUGGAAUUUGCUGUUCCUAUGCUGGAUAGAUAUCAGCCAUCUGAGAUGCAUUUUCAGUUGCCUUACAAGAAGGACUGCAACAACAAGACUGUCUGUACUGCUCAUUUAACUUUGACAACUCAGAUUCCAAAAGAAUUACUAGUGGGACACACUAAAGAAGUGACCAUGAUUUUCACCCUAAGCAACAGCGGAGAUGACUCCUACAUGACAACUAUGGUUUUGAACUAUUCUAAAAACUUACAUUUUAAAAAGAUGACUGCUGAGCCAUCCUCUCCAGUUAUUCACUGUGGUCAGCCAGUACCAUCCACUUCUAUAACCUCAUCCUUAAACUGCAGAAUUGGGCAUCCAAUAUUCAAUAAGACAACUGCAAUUUUUUCAGUGAUUUGGCAAUUACGUGAAACCGUGUUCCAAAAUAAGUCUACAGUCACUGUUAAUGUCACCAACACAAAUGAAAAUAGCACCACUCUGACCGAGGAACACAUCCUUGAUACCAGAUAUGCAUUCACUGCAGUCCUUACCAAACCAGUUUCUUUAAUAUACGUGAAUGUUAGUCAAGGACUUGUUGAAAACAGAGAGUUCAAAUUUAAUAUAAAUGGAGAAAAUCUCUUUAAUGCUACCAUCCAGUUACAGAUUUGGAUUCCUAUCCGUUUACAAGGUCACAACAUCCUAAGUGUGAAAAAUGCAACAGGAACACAGGGCACCACGGCGUGCAGAGUGGCCGAGGAGCCGGUAACGGGCCUGCAGGGCUACGGCGGUGACGCAGCCGCGCCGGCCGUCCGGGACGUGCAGUACCGGUGCGUGUACUGCUCCCUCAGCGCGGCCUGGGACAACGUCACCGUGGCGGCCGAGGUGGCCGUGGCCGACGCGCAGCAGUUCUUAAAAACCAGAACUGAUUUGCUGGUCGCUGGGAAAAUCACCUUUGACAGAAAAUUAUAUGUGGCCCUGAAAGAAGAGCAUCAUAGUGCUGAGAUUGCUCUCGUCUUGCUGAAAGAGGAAGCAUUCGAUCCUUUGCCAGUUAUCAUAGGAAGCUCUGUUGGUGGACUUCUCUUGUUGGCUUUCAUUAUUCUGCUGCUCUGGAAAUGUGGCUUUUUCAAAAGAAACUAUAAAAGUAUGAUGGAGGAAGAAGACAAUUCCUGAAGAAGAAGCUGGCCAAAGCAGAAAGUAUUCUGUCACCGGCUCUUUGGAAAUACCAGAGUCAAUGUCUGGCUGAGAUGCGAAACGA